AUGGAGAUAAUACCCGUUUCAUGGAGCGACCAGCCCAACCCUAUCCCCAAUCUCCGCACCCGAACAUUCUUCAUAACAGACCAUCCCCUCGACGAGCAAAUUCUUAAAGACGGUUUAGACAAUCUGAUCAGAAACCACUGGCGAAAAUUAGGCGCACGUAUCUUCCCAUCCUAUGGCAAUACGCGCCUGGAGUACCAUUUACCGCACGUCUUUCCAGAUGACUACGAGCUCUUCAAAUGGUCAUCCGUCAGCGCUGGGUAUUCAUACGGCGAGACUUAUGAAUUUUCCAAGAUUUUACAUCCAGGCGAUGGUGUAGCCUUUUUACCAAACAUGGAGAUCAUAGACGCGCGGUUGAGGCCGCAGGAUUGGCCGUAUGAACGAAAAGACGAGCCGCCUAAUUCCCCGUUGUUAUAUGUCCACUUAACCAAAUUUUCAGAUGGAGCAGCUCUUGCGAUAAGUCUACCGCAUGUCUUUGCUGAUCAAGGCGGAUUGGCCAAUAUCGUCAAGGCAUGGCUUACUGUUAUCGACGGGAAGGUACCGACGCAGAUGACGGGGUAUAAGGAUGAUGUGCUGGGAAGUGAAAAGCUCUCCAACCUUGAGGCCAAGCAGAAUGAACGGGUUGGCCGGAUGCGCAUCCGCAGCAAGAAAGACCAAGCGCUGGUGAUUGGAAGAAUUGCUCUUGACUUGUUGAAAGACAGGAAAGAGGAGUCUAGACUCGUUUUUCUACCGAUAGAAGUGGUGCAGAAUUUGAGAGACAAGGCGAGAGAGCGUUUGGAUGGGAAGCAUAUUUUGGCAGGUGAGAUCAGUAACGGCGAUAUCAUUACCGCAGUCUUCACCAAGCUAGCCAGGAUUGAUACCGAGACUAAGUACGAUAUAUCGCUUUCCUCAACCAUUAACUUACGAGAUCGCAUCCCCGAGCUUCAAGGCGAGAGGGGCGAAGGGUAUGUUCAUAAUGCGGUACAUUACGCCACAGGCAACUUCACAAUCAAGCCGUCAACAGAGAUAGACGAGAUCGCUCUCCAGCACCGAAUAGCCGUGACAGAAGCCCUAGAGGAAUCGGAUAUCAAAGCUGGUGUCAAGACCCUCCGAGAGCUUGCGAAGGCAAAUCAAGUUAUGCUCAUCUGCGAACCGCAUCAUAAACUCUACAGCUCUUCAAAUUGGAGCGGUUCAUGGCAGGGUAUUGACUUUACAAAAGCAGCGCCAAAGUCCUAUGACUUGUCAAGCCAUAGGAAAGAGAUGGUGGUCCUUGGACAGAGCAAGACACUUAAAGCCCCGCUGAGAUAUCGAGUUGCGAUCAUGUGUCGAACGAGUGAAGGCUUCUGGUGCGAUUUUGCAGCUCCGCCUAAAACUAUGGCUUUGGUCGAGAAGUUCUUUCGGUGGGAUCCUUUAUUGGGGAUUCUGUUGGCAGAGAUGGAAUCUUAUGGCACUUCCGAGGGUCGACGAGCGUUCAAGCAGUGUGGUCAUCGCAUAAUCCCAUUGCCAAUCGUUGCCAUUCUUAUCCUGUAA